AACAACAACCUCUCCACGCACCUCGUUGCCUGGAGAGCCCCUGAUGACCCAUCUACGAGUGACUACUCCUUGGGUGGUGACUCAAGCCUCCAGAUCCUCGUUUGGAAUAGGACGAGGCCAUACUGGCGCAGGGCUGCGCUGGAUGGUGUAUUGGUCUCUGCCAUGUAUCAGAGGGAAUCAGGUCCCAUCAUGUCCCAAACAAUUGUCAACAGAGGUGGUGAGUUUUACUUGACGUACACUGUCUCUAACGGCUCACCAGGCAUGCGCAUGGUGCUGCACUACAUGGGCAUGGUGAAAUUCCUGGCGUGGAACAACAACUCAUUAGCUUGGGAGGUUUUCUUUGAGCGGCCCGGUCCUAGCUGUGACCGCUAUGCUUCAUGCGGCCUGUUUGGCUAUUGUGAUACCACGCAUGCAGUUGCGACGUGCAAGUGCCUUGAUGGAUAUGAAUCUAUUGGUCUUGACUUUUCCCUAGGAUGUCAGAGAAAGAAGCAGCUGCAUUGUGGUCAAGGAGAUAGUUUCGUUACCUUGCUUAACAUGAGGACUCCCGACAAGUUCAUGGUCAGCUCACUACUACCAAUACAGUAUCACAGUAGAUAUCCAUAUAUGUUUUUCUCUUUCUCUUUUGUUUCCCUCUCCCUUCCACUCCGUAAGAAGACUGGUGCACUGAAGAUUGUACUCCCAGUCACGGCAAGUCUACUGAUACUUGUGUGCAUUUGUCUUGUCUGGAUACGCAAGUUGAGAGGCAAGGACCAAACCAAGGUUCCCCUAAAUUUUGCGAUGCUAGAACCGGACAGUUCUGAUGGACUAUACGAUGAGAAUUCAAUUUUUUUGUGGAUCAGCUACGAAGACAUUGUCCCUGCUACAGACGGUUUCUCUAACUCCAUUGUGCUUGGAAGAGGGGGCUUUGGCAUAGUAUACAAGGGAAAACUGGAAGGUGGCAAGGAAGUUGCUGUUAAAAGGCUAACCAAGUGCUCUGAUCAAGGAAUGGAGCAUUUUAGAAAUGAAGUAGUUCUUAUUGCAAAACUGCAGCACAGAAACUUAGUUAGACUUCUUGGUUACUGUGUCCAUGGAGCUGAGAAGCUUCUUAUUUACGAAUACUUACCCAACAAAAGCUUGGACUACUUCCUAUUUG